AUGAUCGUAAAUUCGGAGUUGCUCAAGAGGCGGCGCAUGUCGGCGGGCCAGGAAAAGCAAUCACAGGGCACCAUCAAACGGGCUUUCAGUUCUCACAAGAAGACAUGGGAACCCAACGAGGUUUUUGAGGCUCUCAACGCCCAUGUGGCCAACGGCGGAGCCCCCGGUGUCGCCGACGCCCUUAUUGCGAAGCUGUUGUCUGCGGGCGGUAACUUGAACGUGGCAAACGUUAAGAAUAAGACCAACCUACUCACGAGGCGCAAGAGUAUCGAGUCCAUGGAACGCAGCAGGGUGCUGCAGAAAGCUAUCGAGAACCGCCAGACCGACAUGGUUGCCGUCCUCGCCCAGCACGCGGAUCCACUGACCCUCGACCAGGCACUGCCAAUGGCGAUGCGGUCCGGCGACCUUGCCAUGGUGCACCUAUUACUCAGCCGGGGCGCCAAUGCCUCGCAAACGCAGGAUGCCCAAGAUGCAUUCCGCCAAAUGUGCAUCAUGGGCGGGUACUCGGAGCUGGUGGGGCUCGUCCUCCACUCGGACGGCCGUCCACCCCCGAGCUGGCUUUCCAUGUCUAUGGUUGAUGCUGCCCGCAAGGGGUGCCUUCACACCGUGUUGAAACUCAGUCGGUCCGCCGCCGAUGGCGAAUACAACAAGGCCGAGGCUCUCAAGACAGCCAUCGCCCAGUGCAGAGUAGACCUGGCGCUCGCGAUUCUGACGGCCGCAAAACCCCCAACCAACGGAGGUCAGGGAGUCUUGGAAAGCUUCACACAGGUUCUCGGACACACCACCAUCGGUCCCAACGAGAAAAUGGCUCUUACCGAGGCUUUACUAUGUGCCGGAGCGUCAGGUGACGUUGUCUCGGCCGCACUAUCGCAGGCUUGCGAGACCGAGUUCUACGACAUGGUCAACUUGCUCGUCUCAUAUGGGGCUUCAGUCGAGUAUCAAAAUGCCAGCAUCGUCCGACAUGCCAUCGCUAAGGGGCAAAGCAGCCUCGUGCAGUUGUUGCUAUGCGAAUCGACGACACUCAAUCCCAUCUAUGCUUCAGAAUGUGUCAUGAGCCUCCCCAAAACAAUACCGCCAGAGGACCGUCACGCGGUGCUCAGUCUCCUGUUACGUAAGGGCGCGGGAGGAAUUCCUUUGCACGAGGCCUUGAUAGAUGCUGUUCAGGCUGGUGACCUACAAUCCGCACAACUCUUAACAACGCCCUGUUUUCCGGGGCCGCAACCCGCCCCUCCUAACGGCUGCCGCACCGGUUCUCCAGGAAUCACGCACACCAGGCACGAGAUGGCUUCAGUGGACCACAAGAACGGUCUAGCCCUGAGCACCGCGGUGCAGGCGGCAAACCUCCCGAUGGUGAAGCAGCUUUUGACUGGCAAGCCAUCGACUCGGAUUCUCGACCAAGUGUUCCCCAUAGUCCUUACUAUCCAAGCUGCGGCCCGCUACCACAUGGUCGAAUGCUUUCUCGCCGCUGGCAUCUCCAGGGGAUGCAUCUCCGCCGCUUUGCAACAGGCCAUAGAGGAACAGCCUCCUCGCAGAGACGAGAACCUAAUCGGCAUACUACUGCGACACAAUGCCGACGUGAACUUUAACGACGGAGCUGGGAUUCUGUCAGCGGUCACAAUCCGAGACCUGCCCUUGCUAGAGACUCUCCUCAGGAGCAGACCCUCCCCCCAGACUAUGGCGGCCGCAAUGGGCCGGGCCAUGGCGGAAGAAAACAAGCCAGUCCGGUACGAGAUGGUGCGGCUGUUGAUCGCCGCCGGUGCCGGCCGAGAUGGCACCGAGGCAUCCGAAGCCCUGGCGCAACUAUUACCCGUCAAACCGGUCGACAUCCAGUUGGCUGCUCUACUACUAGAACAAGGCCGGGCAGACUGCAACUUCGACCAAGGCCUGCCCGUCGCCAUAGCUGUGGCCGACCCCGACCUAGCGGUCCUCGAACUCAUCCUCCAACACAGCCGCCCCAACCACGACACCCUCUACCGCGGGCUCGACACCCUCUCCAACCUCCCCACCACGCCCGCCAAACCCCCCAAACUUACCGCCCUCCUCCGCUACAACCCCUCCCCGGACAUCCUCAACACAAUCCUCUUCAAAGAAGUCCAAACCCUCCUCACCCACUCCACCACCCCCACCCCGACCCGCCCCCUAACCACCCUCACCACCCUCCUCACCGCCGGCGCCGACAUCAACGCGCACAAGGCCGCCGCCCUCAGCAGCGCCAUCAAAGCGGCCGACGCGCCCAUCGUGGGCCACGCAGGUGGGGGGGCUGGGCAAGAGAGCGGCGGUUUUCCGGCUGUUGCUGGAGAAGGGAGUGACGGGGAGGCUGUGGAUGCACAGUUGGUGUCAGCGGCGAAGUUGGAGAGGAAUGAGGAAAACCUGGUCCGGCUGUUGCUUGAGUUUGGCGCGAGCGUCGACUACAAUGCCGGCGAGGCGAUCUGGAACGCAACGCGUGGCGCUAUCAUGGGGAGUCUCAAGUUGAUGCUUGGUGUGGAAACGACGGGUGACCGGCAGAAGGCACCAUCACAAGCGACGCUGUUGCGGGCUCUUAAGGCAAGCAAGAAGCUCGGCAGAGAUCCGCGGUAUCAAGUUAUUGAAUGGAUGUUCGAAGCGGGACUGGGGCCGUGCGAGGAGAUCAACAUUGCGUUGAACAGAGCUGUCAAGGAUGAGCCAGACCCGAGGCUCGUGCAACUGCUUCUCAAACAUGGGGCGUCGCCCCUCGCUAACGGCUGCGAGACAUUGACCGAUGCUGCUUCGUUGCUGUUGGUCGAUAUUCUAGCCAUUUUGCUGGAGGCUGACAUUCCUUCAAAGGAUGUGUCGUGGGCAUUUCAACAGGCUUUUACGCCAGAAACCGCCUCCAAAUGGCUAACGGAAGAGGGCUUUGAGGUUGCAAGGAUGCUCCUAGAAAAGGGGGCGGAAGGAGAGAGUCUCGCUCUAGCUUUGAGCGCCGCCAUCGAUGCUUGUGGGUCGGAAAUCGACGACACAGCCCGAAGGUUUGCUACUAUACUUCUUCAAGGCAGCGUCGAUGUCGAUCAUGAGGAUGGGUUGGUCUUACAAAAAGCAGCUCGGAGGGCAGAUUCGGAACUCAUCCUGCAGUUCAUCGAUUACCACAAUGAAGGAGAAAGGCUCGAUGUGAUGUUUGCCCACCCCGAGUCUGAGCCGGUGGUAUUCCGGGCCCUGAGAAAGUUCCCACGCUCGGUCAAGAUCCUGCAGGCGCUCCUUGACGCCGGUUACUACCACGACCAGACAACCGUGGUCCAAGUUCUGGAUGACGUCGAGGAAGAACAAGUCAGCCUCUUAUUUUGGGCGCUUCUUCAACCGCAGAAGCGGGUCAGCAACGCGGUCAUUGAGCUCCUCGUUGACCGCGGUGCUAAAGUCAACUUCGAAACACCCGUAUCCAAGACAACCCCACUCAUGUUAGCUAUCCAAAGCCGCCGGCAUGAUCUGGUGAAGACGCUCAUUCUGGCCGGGGCAGAAGUCGACGUGGCAGACGCGACUGGUAACACGCCCAUGACGAUGGCAACGCAGAUUGGUGGAGAUCUCAGCACUUCUUUGAUGUCAAGCAUCCUCGCUGCCGACCCGUCCAUCAACGAUGGGUCCUUGCACAACGCCGCCCGAGACCUUAAUCUCAAGGCAAUGCAAGUGCUUAUCGAGUAUGGUCAUGACGUGGACUUCCCCAGCACGUUGCAUGGUGGCCGCAGCGCGCUCGGCGAGCUUUGCCUGAACGCCGCCCACGCCGGCCCGAUCACAACCGCACAGGAGAAGCAAAUGGACAAGGUCAUGACCUUUCUGAUCAAUCAAGGCUCGGACCUCACCAUUCAAUCCGACGGCAAAUCCGUUCUCCUGCUCGCGCUCAACUCUGCCGACCCCAUCCCCACCACCCGAGCCCUCCUCAGAGUCGGCCUUUGGAAGCAUGCCAACAAGAGCUACAACCACUACAGCGAUGGAACUUACACAUAUUCCGCAACUCAAUACAUCACCCGCGUCCUCUCCUGCUCCGACGACCUUCGCCCACAACUCCUCGAGCUCCUCAAAUCCAACCGCGCCAUCGACGUCUACUACGCCAACGACGGCCCCCAACCCCAAGACGCCGUCAACCUCCCCCCCGAGCUCCUCCGCGCCGAGCGCGAACGGCGCGCGCGAGAAGAGCGCCUCGCCAAAGAAAGCGAGGAGCACGCCAUCGCCCUCGCACGAACCAAGGAGAUCGCCCAAAUCCACAACCAGAUCUUCGUGCAGCGCGCGCAGCUCGAAGACUCGCGCGCGCGCAAGAAGCAAGACGACGAGAUGGCUGCGCUGAGCGAGCGACAGGCCGCUGAAGAAGCGUCAUUCGCGGCGGAGCUGCGCCGGCGCAAGGCCGCCCGCGAGGCCGCCAUCACGCACGAGCAGCGGCUCACCGAGGCGGGCCUAACGCGCGCCCGCCUGGUCGCCGAGGCCGAGCUGGAGAUGGAGAACAAGAAGCAGGAGCGCUUGCUCAAGUGGGAGAGUAACAUGUCGCGGCAGCGGGAGAAUGAUGCGAAAGCGCUGAGUGGCGUCCGGAUUAGGGAGCGUGAGGCGCUUGAGAGAUUGGAUGCCGCGUCGGAUGCGAGAACGGUUAAAAGGAUUGCCGAGCAUAAGAAGCUGGUCGAGGGGCAGACUGCGCUGGCGGCGAGGUUGGCCAAUGGGCCGGGGGGCUUGGACAGGAGGCAGAUUGGUUAUGUCACCGGGGAGCUGGAUUAG